AUGACAGCAGGCCAGUCAAAGGAGCUCGGGUCAAGUUUGGGUAUACUGAGGGAAUUAAAUCUCAAUCAACUUAUAGAGGUGCAAUAUGACUUGACAAGGGAGAUUGAGCGACGCGUCAAGAUGAUGCAAAACGAUACACAUCAGCCAACCAAAUUACGUUCUGUUAGCCAUCAAAAUACAUCUUCUAGUCGACAUAGCAUUACCAAAGGUGAUGUAGAUGAAUUAGUAGCAGGAAAGGAGAACUAUGAAGGUCCGGUCGCUGUAAUAAGGUCGGAAUGUAAAUCCAAUCUUGGUGAGGAAUUGGUCGCGACUCAAAUUAAUCACUUUAGCACAAAACCAGCUGCUGGUACUCGACAGCAGUGUUCGCACGAGUGUUCAAGUCAACCAGAUCACACGGAUGACUCGAUGCUGCCGGGGACUUUAGAUAUGCAAAGUAAGGAAAUUGACUUCAGCUCCCCAUUGCGAGGUUGUCAAGCCGCCAAUAUUAGCACUGCUAAGUCGGGGCCUAUAAAACGAGCUCUUGCCAUCAUAAGUGAUUCGGAAGGAGAAUUGGAUUGGUCUGACAGUGAAUACGUUGAUAGCGUAAAGGAAGGGAAGAAACUCAAGAUUGAAAACCCUAAUCAAGUAAAGAUGGAUUUCAACAUCAACCCAAUAACGAACAAACCAUGGAUUUACGAAGACUUCAGGUUGAACGAAAACUUCAAUUAUCAACGAGGUAGAAAAAAUAUCGACAAUGCUAGACUUUCUAGGUUCUACUCAGUUGCAGGAAAACCAGAGAACGAUUCGAAACUGAUAUUAAAUCCUAAAACAGGAUUUGAACUGAUCAAAAGGGAGGAAGACAAUGAAAGUAAUGGAACAUACAAUGGUCCUGAAUUUUACAACUUAAGUACUAGAUCAAAAUCUCCUCCUGGAUACGGGAGACUAGAUUUCCCAAAUACCCAAGAAAAUUUAGCUGACAAGCAGAAAGCCCAGGAAAUAAUCUACAAGAAGACCAAAGAACGGUUUCUGAUUGCUACAAACCAUUUAAUACCAGCCGAAAAACGUCAAUUCCUGUUUCGUAAUGAGAAACUGAAUGAGAUGGUCACCAAAGAGCAAUGCCGAUGGCAAGAGAACAUGCUUCAGAUCUUCUCUAGAGAAUGA